AUGUCCAAGGCUACAGAAGAAAGGAAGGUUUAUAAAAGUAUAUUGAAAAAGUCUAGUGAUCAGGUACCUCAGAAGAGCUUCCAGUGGGAUGAAUCAAAUAUUCUAGCUACUUAUCAUCCCGCAGAUAAGACGUAUGGUCAUAUGAAAAUUGAAGAACCGAAAACACCUUACGUUUUUGAUCCUGAGGACGGUUCUGCCGUCACUUCUGGACCCUUAUUUACUGCAGAAGAUUUAGCUGCCAGGCUUUCUGCGGCUUCAAAGGAUCCCGACCAGCAGUUACCAAGUGCCACAAAAGUUGACCAGGAGGAAGAUGAACAUCAAAGAAAAUUUCGUGAAAAACGAAAGCAACAUUACAACGAAUUUUUGGCUGUAAAGCUAGCUAAAGAAAGUUUACAAAAUGAUGAUGAAAAAGGGGAAAAUAUUGAAAAGGAAGAUGAAGAAGUUGAACAUAAUGUUGAGCAGGCGAUGAUUAAUGCACGGUUAAAUGCUGAAAUUUCCCGUUUAAGUCGAAACACAGCAGCCUAUCUGUAG